ACUCGACUGUCGUUUGAAGAUUGGAGACUUCACAUUUGACAAGAAGAUUGAAUACAAAGCAAUAUCAACAUUUGCGUCCAUUGUUGCUGUUACUGAAACAGAUGAAUGUAAAAAAGCCGCUGCUUAUUUAAAGUCUACAUUGAAGAAAAGACUGUUUGUGGAAGGAGUCGGAAUUUCGUUUCAAUGCAACCAACUAAGCAGCUUAAAUAUCGCUUUUAGGCUAGUUAAGGAGUAUCGCCCUCCGUGUCGAAGGAGUCGUAAGCAGCUUAAGAAGUAUCCCACUCCG